AUGGACCUGGACGAUAAUGACGUAGAAAUGAGUGACGUCACGAAUAGCUCUGCUCCUGAUAAUGAUGACGAAGAUGGCGGUAAUGAUGAUAGUUAUGGUUUUGGUUCCGUUAAAAAGGGGAAGUAUAAACAGAAGGGUGUCGUUCCGGUUAAGAGGAAUAAAAUGGCUGCCGUUCUUGACGUCAUAAAAGCAGCAGCUGCAGCAGCAGCUACGGCAACCUCGAUGACGUCAUCGUCGUUGUCAUCCGUUACUAGACCUUUUAAUGCUGGUAACAUUAAUCCAAAGGUCAAGCUGACAAAAGUCGACCACAGGCAUAGCAACAGCAGCAACAACAACAACAACAACAACAACAACAGCAAUAACAACAAUAACAAUAAUAAUAACGAUAAUAAUAAUAACAACAACAACAAAAAUAUUGAUAAUGACGAUUGUGGUGGCGGUGUUCGUGCGAAGGAGUCGCUCGCGAAUAAUUUCGAAAUCCUCGUCGCCAGAGAUAAAAAACUGGUCGACGAUGAUGAUAACGAUGGUCUAAAUAAUAAUAAUAAUAAUAAUAAUAAUAAUAAUAAUAAUAAUAAUAAUAAUAAUAAUAAUGAAGGUGAAGGUGAUGAUAAUGACGACAAGACGUCGUCGUCGUCAUCUUCAAGGUUGAACUCUAGGGGUAGAGUGAUCUCCAAGCCCCAUCGCUAUCUUGAGUGA